CCCCUAUUUUCCAGGAUCCUCCACUGCUUCAGGCUUUCAAUCCCAAUGCAAACCCCACCCCGUAUUUCUGAUGAGGAGGCCAAGCUUUACUACCCUGGCCUACCCUCCCGCCCGAUCCUGGUCGCCCGAACCGGUUCCACUUGGGAGGCGCCGACUGGCCCAGAGGCGUACCCCAGGCUCAAGGAGCUCAGAGUCGUAGGGAAUCAUGAAAUCAAUGAGGUCUGGGAGGACGACCUGGCUCUGAAGGUACACGCCAUCCUGCGUGAAGAGAAGAUGGACUGGUCCAGCACCGACGUCCUCCGCAUCGCUGGUGGCGGCGCCGCGGAUUCCUCUGACUUGACCUAUGUAUGUCAUGCCCAUCAGCUUCAUCCUGAAGACCAUCCGUAGCAAUGAGGCCCUCGCCAAGGCCUACAUCAAGUCGGGUCCGUCCGUCUAGGCCACCCCGAAAUUACCC